AUGGCCGCUCUAGAUACCAAUCCACGCGCUCCUCGUGAAUGCUCGACAGCCAGGGAGUCUGAAAGAAAGCGAUUGCGCUCGAAAUUUUGGGGUAGGCAAAAUGCCUCCAAUCCACAGGCCAUCCGCGCCAAUAAUAUCGGAGGCGCUGAAGAUGUAGAAGAUACCGUUGAAACAUCUGUUUGCAAUGGGCGUCAGCCAGCACAGCCUCUUGUGGAGACUCUAUCAGAACGCGAUAUUGAGCGGUUGGGAAGGGAGCGUCCAGCUAUUUUUCGAAAUACGUGGACUGAGAUUGCAUUUGUGUUCUCGAUAGUUAUGUCGCAGGUGCUUGCGGAGUAUUUCAUAUCUGGCAUCAACGUCGUGUUACCAACGCUGGUGGAUAAAUUGGAUAUCCCUGAGGCCUCCGCAGUAUGGCCUGCAAGCGCCUUUUCCCUUGUGGUAGCCGCGACAUUGCUGAUAUUUGGUCGGAUUUCCGAUAUGAUUGGCGGCUAUCCAGUGUAUGUCUUUGGCAUGACAUGGCUAUUCAUCUGGUCCGUAGUAGCCGGGUUCUCUCAAAACCGGUUGAUGAUGAUCUUUUGCCGGACGCUGCAAGGCAUCGGUCCCGCUGCCUUCCUUCCGUCGAGCAUGAUGCUUCUUGCGAAAGUCUAUAGACCGGGACCAAGAAAAAAUAUGAUAUUUGCCAUCUAUGGGACCUGUGCUGUUAUUGGAUUUUUCAUCGGCAUCUUCUGCUCGGGUGUCUCAGCGGAAUUCCUGUCAUGGGAAUGGUAUUUCUGGAUUGGUGCAAUUCUCGCAGCUGUUACCGCCGUGUCUUCGUUUUUGACCAUCCCACCCGAUAUUGCUGAGGCGCGGAAACAGGGGGUUAAAAUGGACUAUAUGGGUGCAUCCCUUAUCGUUCCAGGGCUGACAUUGAGUAUUUUUGCAAUUACGGAUAGCGCGCAUGCCCCUGACGGGUGGAGGACCCAUUAUGUGCACAUCUGUUUCAUAAUCGGCUGUAUACUUCUGGGGCUCGCCGUAUAUGUCGAGGGCUGGGUUGCUGAGUCCCCGUUGUUACCGUUUGAGAUUUUCGAUGUCCCUUACAUGAAGCCAGUGGUUGUUGCGCUCUUAUUUUUCUAUGGUUGUUUAGGGGUUUUCCUCCUUUACGGAACCCUGUACAUGGUGCAUAUCAUGAGGGCAUCGCCAGUGCAAGUAGUUGCGUGGUGUGCACCUAUGGUCAUUGGCGGCUUCAUCUUUCCCAUCCUCUGCGCGUUAUUCCUCCACCUCGUCUCAGGAACAAUUCUUCUUGUAAUUUCCGGUAUUGGAUGGCUUGGUACCGGUCUGCUGUUUGCCCUCAUGCCAGAGGGAGCCUCAUAUUGGACCUUUGCUUUCCCUGCCAUGAUCGGUGCCACGCUGGGCAUCGACAUCACCUUCAACAUAACGAAUAUAUUCAUCACGACUAGCCAACCCAGCAAGCGGCAGGGCUUAGCAGGUGCUGUUAUUAACUCCGUUCUGCAUUUGAGUAUUGCUGUUCUCCUCGGGUUCUCGGACAUAGCACAGGUCCACACGGCAUACCUGGGCAGGCUGAAGAGCUACCGCGUUGUGUUUUGGUUUGAGGUUGCAUGUGCAGCUGUUUCCCUGUUGGUUAUGAUUUUUUUCGUGAGGAUCAAUGCGGCCAAGAGCGAGAUGACGGCAGACGAACGAGAGCAGUUGGAGGAGAUGCAGCAGUCGGUUGUGCAGGGAUCUCAAACUCAAAUGGAAAAAUAG